GGUCCCCGGGCCAGGCGCAGGAUGCCCGGGCAGGAGGAGGACAGGGCCUUCCUGGCGGCCCGCGAGCGGCUGGCGAGCGCCCUGCGCCAGGACUCGGGCCAGGCCUUCUCCCCGGAGCAGCUGCAGCCGCUGCUGGACCCCUCCGUGCCGCUGGCCGCGCGCUACUUGCGCCUGGACGCCGCGCGCCUCAUCCGCCGCAAUGCACACGGGGAGCCCCAAAACUACCUCAGCACCUUGUGCACCGCCCUGAACAUCUUGGAGAAGUACGGCCGCAACCUCCUGAGCCCGCAGCGACCGCGCUACUGGCGCGGCGUCAAGUUUAACAAUCCCGUUUUCCGCAGCACAGUGGAUUCGGUGCAGGGGGGCCGGGAUGUUCUGCGACUCUACGGCUACACCGAGGAGCAACCUGAUGGGCUGAGCUUCCCUGAGGGGCAGAAGGAGCCUGAUGAGCACCAAGUGGCCAUCGUUACCCUGGAAGUACUGCUGCUACGGACUGAGCUCACUCUGCUGUUACAGAAUGCUCAUCUGAGACAACAAGUGCUGGAGCAGCUGCUGAAAGACAACACUGAAGAUGAUAUGCUGCAGUUCUCAGAAUUUGCCCCACUGCUGAAAGAGAUUGCAACUGGCCCCUUUUUCAACUCCUCUGCCCCAGGCCCUACUCCCAGUCCCUGCUUCCUCUGUGGUUCUGCCCCAGGCACACUAUUUUGCUCUGCCUGUAAACACACCCUGUGCCCUGCUUGUGAUCGUCUGUUCCAUGGCCACCCAUCCCGUUCCCUUCACCACCGACAGACCCUGCCUGGGACUCCUCCAGCCCCCCAGCUGACUCCUGGUUUAUCAGCCUCAGCUCCAUCACGGCCUCAGCCAAAGUCCCUGCAAGCUCUGGGAAACGGUUCUCUUUCUUCCCCUGACUCUACAAAUGCCCAUCUGCCCUGGCAAUGUGCUGCCUGCAGUUUGAUAAAUGAACCUUGGGCAGUGCUCUGUGUGGCCUGUGAUCGGCCCCGAGCCUGUAAGGGAUUGGCCUUGGGGAAUGUUGGUUCCCAAGGACCUGGGACCCAAGAACCUGAGCUUGCUCGGGGUCACUGGGCCUGCCAGAGCUGCACCUUCAAGAAUGAGGCGGCGGCUGUCCUAUGUGCCAUCUGCGAGCGACCUCGGCUGGCUCAGCCUCCUAGCUUGGUGGCAGAUACUCACGAUGCUGAUGUUUGCCUGCGGCCCCUUCAGCAGGGGGAUACUUUGCUCUCCUCUGCCCAGACUCAAGUUUGGUACUGUAGUCACUGUACCUUCUGCAACUCGGGCCCUGGCUGGGUGUGUGCUGUUUGCAACCGGACCAGUGACCACAUCCCAGUACAGCACACCCCCCGACCUCAUGCCAGAUCUUUGGAUGGGGAGCUCCAUGAGCCAGAACCUCCACGACGCCUCAGUGCCCCCUGGCCCAGUUCCAGCGGAGACCCUGAUAAGCAACGCCAAGACAAGAUGCGGGAGGAAGGUCACCAGCUCGUGAUGAAGAUCCAGGAAGGGGAAGCUGCUGGUGCCUGCCCAGAGGAGGUCUUCUCGGCUCUGCAGUACUCCGGGACCGAGGUCCCCUUGCAGUGGCUGCGCUCAGAGCUGCCCUACGUGCUGGAGAUGGUGGCUGAGUUGGCUGCGCAGAAAGACCCAGGGCUGGGGGCCUUUUCCUGUCAGGAGGCCCGGAAGGCCUGGCUGGGUCAGCAUGGCAAUCUCGAAGAAGCUGUGGAAGAGUGUGUGAGAGCUCGGCGGAGAAAGGUGAAGGAGCUCCAGGCCCUAGGCUUUGGGCCUGAGGAGGGGUCUCUGCAAGCACUGUUUCAACAUGGUGGCGAUGUGGCCCGUGCUCUGACUGAGCUCCAGCGCCAGCGCCUUGAGCCCUUUCACCAGCGCAUAUGGGACAGUGGCCCUGAGCCCACCCCUGACUGGGAUGGACCCGAUAAGCAGAGCCUUGUCAGGCGGCUCUUGGCAAUCUAUGCCCUCCCCAGCUGGGGCCGGGCAGAGCUGGCACUGUCACUGCUACAAGAGACACCUAGGAACUACGAGCUGGGGGAUGUGGUGGAAGCUGUGAGGCAAAGCCAAGACCGGGCCUUUCUGCGUCGAUUGCUGGCCCAAGAAUGUGCUGUUUGUGGCUGGACCCUGCCCCGCAGCCGGAUGCAGGCCCUGAUUUCCUGUGAGUGCACCAUCUGUCCUGACUGCUUCCGACAGCACUUUACUAUCGCCUUGAAGGAGAAGCACAUCACAGACAUGGUGUGCCCUGCCUGUGGCCGCCCGGACCUCACAGAUGACACCCAGUUACUCAGCUACUUUUCCACCCUGGACAUCCAGCUUCGGGAGAGUCUUGAGCCAGAUGCUUACGCACUAUUCCACAAGAAGCUGACUGAGGGAGUGCUCAUGCGAGACCCCAAGUUUUUGUGGUGUGCCCAGUGCUCCUUUGGCUUCAUAUACGAGCGGGAGCAACUGGAGGCCACAUGUCCCCAGUGUCACCAGACCUUCUGUGUGCGCUGUAAACGCCAGUGGGAAGAGCAGCACCGGGGUCGGAGCUGUGAGGAUUUUCAGAACUGGAAACGCAACAAUGACCCAGAGUACCAGGCCCAUGGUCUGGCAAUGUAUCUUCAGGAAAAUGGCAUUGACUGUCCCAAGUGCAAGUUCUCGUAUGCACUGGCCCGAGGAGGCUGCAUGCAUUUUCACUGCACCCAGUGCCGCUACCAGUUCUGCAGUGGCUGCUACAAUGCCUUUUAUGCCAAGAACAAAUGCCCAGACCCGAGUUGCCGGGUGAAAAAGUCCCUGCAUGGCCACCACCCCCGAGACUGCCUCUUCUACCUGCGGGACUGGACGGCCCUUCGGCUCCAGAAGCUGCUGCAGGACAAUGAUGUCUUGUUCAACACAGAGCCUCCCACAGGUGCUCGAGCUGUUCCUGGAGGUGGCUGCCGAGUGAUGGAGCAGAAAGAGAUUCCCAAUGGAUUCCGGGAUGAAGCUUGUGGCAAGGAGACUCCAGCUGGCCAUGCUGGCCUCUGCCAAGCACACUACAAAGAAUACCUUGUGAGCCUCAUCAACGCCCACUCCCUGGACCCAGCCACCCUGUAUGAGGUGGAGGAGCUAGAGACGGCCAUAGAACGCUACCUGCAUGCUCGCCCCCAGCCACUGGCUGGCGAGGAUGCCCACAACUACCAUGCCCGUUUGUUACAGAAGCUGAUGAAAGAAGUUCCCUUGGGACAGAGCAUCCCCCGUAGGAGGAAGUAACUGAGGGAAGGGUCCUGUGGGCUGCCCAUGGCCUAGCCGCCACAGGACCAUCUUCCACACUACAAUAAAGACACAUCUCCUUGCCAAGG